AUGGGCUCUGCUUCUGUGGUUUGGGUUCGAUUCAACAUGACGAUCCGAAUUCUCAACCGUCAAUCCAGAUUAUGUAGUAAAACUAUUAUGUCUGCGAAGCUGUAUAGUUCAGGUGGACAAGCCAUUGAUGUUGCGGAGGUGGCAAAUAACAUAUCUAAAGUAAUGAUGUCUUCUCCGCAAUCCGUGCUUGACGCCGCAUUAGAUCAAAGCGGCUUAAGGGUUUCACCGGAAGUAGCAGAAGAUGUUCUAAACCGAUUCAGGAAUGCCGGUUUAUUGGCAUACCGGUUCUUCCAGUGGUCUGAGAAGCAACGGCAUUACGAGCACAGUGUCCGUGCUUACCACAUGAUGAUCGAGUCUACCGCAAAGAUAAGGCAGUACAAGCUCAUGUGGGAUCUCAUCAACUCCAUGAGGAAGAAGAAGAUGCUAAACAUCGAGACUUUUUGUAUCGUGAUGAGGAAGUACGCGAGGGCGCAGAAAGUGGACGAGGCCAUCUACGCGUUCAACGUCAUGGAGAAGUAUGAUUUGCCGCCGAACCUUAUGGCGUUCAACGGGUUGUUGAGUGCUUUGUGUAAAUCCAAGAAUGUGAGGAAAGCUCAGGAGAUAUUCGAGAAGAUGAGAGAUCGGUUUACUCCUGACUCCAAAACGUAUAGCAUUUUGCUUGAAGGAUGGGGUAAAGAACCAAACUUGCCAAAGGCGAGAGAGGUGUUCCGGGAAAUGGUCGAUGCGGGUUGUGAUCCCGAUAUAGUGACGUAUAGUAUAAUGGUUGAUAUACUCUGUAAAGCUGGAAGAGUCGAUGAAGCUCUUGGCAUUGUGAGGAGCAUGGAUCCAAGCAUUUGCAAGCCGACAACUUUCAUCUACAGUGUGCUUGUGCAUACUUGUGGAACCGAGAACCGGCUUGAAGAGGCGGUUGAUACGUUCCUAGAGAUGGAGAGAAGCGGGAUAGAAGCAGAUGUAGCGGUUUUCAAUUCAUUGAUCAGCGCAUUUUGCAAAGCAGAUAGGAUGAAGAAUGUGUAUAGGGUUUUGAAAGAAAUGAAGACUAAGGGAGUGACGCCUAACUCCAAGUCAUGUAACAUCAUUCUACGCCACCUAAUAGACCGUGGUGAGAGAGAUGAAGCUUUCGAUGUGUUUAGGAAGAUGAUCAAAGUGUGUGAACCGGAUGCAGACACAUACACGAUGAUGAUAAAGAUGUUUUGUGAGAAGAAAGAGAUGGAGACUGCUGAUAAAGUGUGGAAGUACAUGAGGAAGCAAGGGGUUUUCCCAAGCAUGCAUACAUUCGCGGUUCUUAUUAACGGGUUGUGUGAGGAGCGUAAUUCUCAGAAAGCUUGUGUUUUGUUAGAGGAGAUGAUCGAGAUGGGGAUUCGACCAUCGGGUGUGACGUUUGGGAGAAUAAGACAGCUGCUUCUCAAGGAAAGUAGAGAAGAUGUGCUCAAGUUUCUUAACGAGAAGAUGAAUCAUUUGGCAGAGUCAAAGUCAUCAUACACAGAUUUGGGAAAAGAUGAUACGAUUAUGAACAUCGAUGGUAACUUGAUGGAUCCACAGCUUUGCGGUGUCUUUUCUUAUGAUUAUCUACGAGCACUUGCGUGCAUCCGAGUGAACUAUGUAGACCGGUAUCUUUCAGGCAAUGUAAUUACCAAGCAAGACCUGCAGUUACUUGGUGUUUCAUGCAUGAUGAUAGCAGCAAAAUAUGAAGAAGUGUGUGUGCCCCAAGUGGAGGAUUUCUGUUACAUCACUGAUAACACGUAUUUGAGAAACGAGUGGUGGUUAGGCGCUUCGUUCGUGCUGCUCAAGGGAAACAGGAGGUACCAUCACUGAUGUUUGGGUGUCUAGCCAGCUAUAUCACCGAAUUAUCUCUCUUGGAUUAUGCUAUGUGACACAACCUCGAGAAUGCCAUCAAGGAUCAAUGGACAUGAUGGUCUAGCCAAGGGUAAAGGAGAGACGAUCUCUCUUGGAGAACAUAUCAUGAAUAAAGGAGAGACUAUCUUUCAUGAUUUGUUCUUUCUGGAUCUCUAUCCUUCCAUGCAUUCAGACCCAGCCUGGAAUUGGAGAGCAUACUCAACUCACCUAGAGAUCACCACGAAGAAGAAUCAGUUAAAAAGAAGUCCAUAUGAAGAAGAUAUUGAAGAUACAAGUUGGCAGAUCUUCAAUGAACCCGCUGGAGACAUGCGACCAGUAAUAAAAUCAUUCUGGCCAAACGACGACGAAUCAAGCAACAAGACCGGAUGUUUUGGAAACUUAACUCAUCAGAGAACCGAGGCGAAUUUGAUUCAUACCAAACAGAGUUCAAACGAAGGAGUUAUUCAUGUUCAAAGUUGGGUGAACUGGAGCUUACCCGUAUUGGAUAUGCGAACGGUUAUUGGAGCUUCCGAACCAGGAGGAAUUAAGCUACAAACCGACUUGCAUUGCAAUCUUGAUUCAUCAGAGGACCAGGGCGAAUUGGAAUCACAUCAAUAUCGGUUCUGAUGUGAUGCUCAACCUGCCUUAUUUGGAAGUUCUCGAGAUUAUACAUUUACUAAAAAGACUUUGGCGACCAGGAGAGUUUAUUAUUCAUCUAGAAGCCACUCAAGACGUCUUACCAUGGUCCAGUAUCCAGAGGAUUAGGCGAAUCUUCUUGCACUUCAACUUUCUUUUUCAAGACACAUCCACACUUGGUGCUUUUAUAAAGUUCACCCCAAAGCUCUUUGAAUCUUCCCAACGGUCAUAUUAUGUUCAACUUUUGGAUGUACUGAAGCCUCCCUACGUCCUCCAAAAAGUUCCAAAGGCAUGCCACUUCCUUCCCAAGCUUUCAAGAUACAAGGAGCCUCCAUCUUACCUUAUUUGAAGGAUUUGAUACAUAAAGCCUAUAACGGCUAGUUCUUUAAUUUUAUUGAUUUCUUUUUUUCUUUUGUUAGCUUUAGACCGUUAUGCUGAGCCUAUAUAAGCUCCAUCUAGUCGUUCAUUUGUAAUUACCCUUGAUCAUUGAAAGUAAUAGAAACAUUUUGUUCUUUUCAUAAA